CUCUUACUCUUCUGUCUCUCUCGGCUUUCUUUUUCGCUUCCAUAGAGCAGUCGACACCUGCACAUAUACGCAUCACAGUCAUGAGGAUAACACCGGCGGUUCUGGCGACGAUUGUCGACCGGCCACUGUCUGAGCUGACAGUGCUGAGUCUGAAGGACAAAGAGAUCACGCACCUGGACGACAUCUCGGCAUGCAUCAACCUGCGCAACCUCGAUCUCUCGGGCAACCAUAUAAAGUCAAACGACUCCCUGAGCGGGAUCCGGCAUCUCGAGGACCUCGUGUACCUGAACCUUAACAACAACCAGCUGGAGACGAUUGACGUGAUCGAGUACAUGAGCAAGCUCAACGUUUUGAACAUCAGCAACAACAGCCUGGCGACAAUCCCCCGCUCUGUUGCAAAAUGCACAGACCUGCGCGCCCUGGUUCUGGCGCACAACACAAUCAAGCGUAUCGAGAACGUGGGUGCGCUGGCCAAGCUCAACACCCUGGUGGUCUCGCACAACCAGCUUGAGGACAUCCCUAAAAUGCCCAAGCUGGGAGAGCUGAAGAAGAUCAGCGCAGCACACAACCAACUGCGCACAGUGCCUGAUCUCACCAGCUACCCGCUGCUGAAGGAGCUGAGGCUCAACGACAAUAAGCUGACAGGCGUGCCGGAGGACAUCCGCCUGUGCGCCAGUCUCACAGUGCUGGAUCUCGGCAACAAUAUGCUGAAGGACUGGGUGGCCGUGGCGCCGCUAUCGUCGCUGAUGCACCUGGACAACCUGAACCUUAAGGGCAACCCCGUGUGCGAGCUGGAGGGAUACCGGGAGCGCAUCUUGAAGAUGAUGGCCAGCGGAUUCGAUGAAAAAUUCUUGGAGCGCAAACAGAAGCGCCAGCGCCAUGCAGAAUUCGUAAAGCAGCGCGAGGAGUUUAGAGGAAAGCGUCGGGAGCACGGUAAGAAAAAGACUGAAUGGCGGUCCAAGAGCCGCACUGCAGAUAGUGAUGAUGGUGAGGGCAGUGGGGCAGAAGACAAGGACAAGGGCGAGACAAAGAGAAAGUCAACCCUUCGACAAAAAGCCUUUCGACAAAAGCCUUUCGACAAGAAGCCUUUCGACAAGAAGCGGCCGCGGCGCGAGCAUGGCGAUGGCAAGGAGGGCGAUUUCAAGAAGAAAAAGAGGGACUUUGGCAAGAAGCCAGACUUCAAAAGGUCCAAGCGGCCCGUGAGGGAGUAAGCAACAGCAGCACGCCUUGCACAGUUGGCUCCUUUCCUGACAUUUCUGAAUGCAGACAUAAACACAUGCUAGGCAGAUGAUUUUAGAUAUGAGAUGGUUUUAGAUAUGGAAGCCCUGUUUCGUCG